AUGGCCGAGUCGGAGAAAGAACGUGCCAAUAAAGCUACGUACGGUGGAUGGGAUCGCUGGAUGGAUCUCGAGGCGGUUCAAUCGGAUGAUGGGAUGAUGGCGAGGCAGGAGAUGGUGAUGUGCGAGUGCGAGGUGGUUGGAAAAUGGAAGGUCGGAUGCGCCGAGCAUCAUGAUAUAUCAUAUUGGGCUCUGGACGUCGAAAUGACCGUUGGAAUUUGGAAGAUGGCGGUGUUGAUAUGCCGGUGUGCAUGGCGAGCAGACGGCGGCGUUGCCGAGGGGAGGUUGAGUGCGAUCACGAUCAAGGACGAAACGGGGAGCGUGAAGGGGCUUCGCGCGGACAGGGGUCAUGCGCCGGGGAAGCGAUCCGGAAGAGGCAUCAUUGCGUGGGCUCAGAGCUGGGUCGGGGACGGACUCGGCGGCGGUGGGAGCGGGAGACGAGGGCCGUGCGGGGCAGCGUCUUCGGCCGGGAGAUGA